ACAUCGUCUGACUUCAUCGCAAGCAUGAACGGGUUCUCCGCUGUACUCCUGCUGGCCGUGGCUGGUCUGACGAACGCUUACCUCGACCAGGGCAAUUGUCCUUCAAUCAAAAACGUCGACGAGUUCGACCUUCCUUCUUACAUGGGUCGAUGGUUCGAGACUCACCGAUACCCUGAUGGAGUCGAAAUGGGAAGAACCUGCGUUACGGCAGAUUACGCACUUGUCAACGACACGAGAUUCACCAUCACGAACACUGCUAACCUCCAAGACGGAUCAAUCCAACGGCAGCACGGGAACGCCCUGACCGCUGACGAACCAUUGUAG